CUAGAUUGCCCGAAGUUUGUACCAUCCGAUAAUUUUACGUAUGAUGUAACCACAGCUGGUCCGUGAUUGCUGCCUCCACACAAAAGAAUGACGCCGCAGGGCGCUAUCUUUUUUGGGCGUCCCUAUCUUCUGGCCCAUAUAAACUUGCUCUUGCCACACAGUCCCCCCCUCCUCCUUCACUACUUAACAUAUAGAUAUGGUUUCGAUAAAAAUUCUUGCACUUACCGCUGUUAUUAGCACCACCACUACAGCGCUUUCUUUACCCCUUGUGGGCGCCUUUGACACCAUCAAGGGGCAGUCCUUGUUCAACUUGCCGGGCAAUGAUAACAAGCCAAUUCCCGGCGAUUCUCCUAUGAGCGUCUGUGAUGCAUCGGAGCCGCAGUUGUUGGAGUUGAAGUCGCUCACCAUCUCGCCCAAUCCGCCGCUUCGUGGCGAAAACAUGACCAUCUCGGCCGUGGCGUACUUGAGCAAAGACAUUGCCGAGGGUGCCUAUGUCGAGGUGGACGUGUUCUACGGCUACAUCAAGUUGCUCCACCAGACUUAUGACUUGUGUGAGCAGAUCGGCGAAGUUGACAUGGAGUGUCCAUUGAAGGCUGGCGAGUAUACCAUUAUCAAGCAGGUCGCCAUUCCCGACCAGGUGCCGCCAGGAAAGUACGUGGUCAACGCUCGAGCCUUUACCGAAGAGGAUGACUACAUCACCUGUCUCUCUGCCACGGUAGUAUUCCCUGUUGCUCUUUUGUAGAUCCGUACCCGCAUUUUAUUCUUCCAAUCCUAAUAUUCCAUUGAUUGAGGUGCUGUAAUCGUAGAAAAAUGAUGCUUUGGUUUUUGACCGAGCUCACAAUUCUUUUAUAAGUUUGACUUAUCAAGUUUCUGUCGUAUGAUAUAGAUAUUACCCUAAUCGAAUGGUUGACUCG